CAAUUCAAGUAAUAUCUUUAGGGUAAACAAAAAAAAAGGAGAGAAAUGAAAGGAAAAAAAAAUAACUUAAUAUAUGCAGGACGGGCCUAAAAUGUUUGCCAUUCAGUAAACUUUGUAAGACAGGAGAUAUACUAAAUGAUAGUCAUGCAGAGAUUAUUGCUCGUAGAGGAUUUAUAAAAUAUUUGCUUGAUCAAAUCAAACAACAACAAAAUGGCUCAGGACCUUUUAUUUUAAAAAAUAAUACUUUAGUUCAACACUCUGAUUAUUCCUUUCACAUGUACAUUAGUCAAUCACCAUGUGGAGAUGCUUCAAUGAAUGCUUUAGCUAGUUUACAAACGACAGAAUCCUUUGAAUUAUUUGAAGCUGGAAAAAAGCGAAAGAGAACGACAGUAGAAGACUAUCCCUUCUUAAUAGAGAAUAUUUAUAAAAAUAAGAAGAGAUUGAAAACAUCUGAAAUAAAUGAAAAGGAGCAAUUUCAAAGAGGCAGAUUUGGCUUUAAUCAACUUGGGAUCUUACGAACAAAGCCAGGUCGACUUGAUUCUGAACCUACUCUUUGUAUGUCUUGUAGUGACAAGUUGGCAAGAUGGAAUGUUUUAGGUUUACAAUCUGCACUACUUUCAAAGUUCUAUGAUCCUAUUUAUUUAAGCUCGAUCAUUGUUGGUGAUAUGUUUGAUAAAGACGCUUUAGAAAGAGCAUUAUUCAAAAGAAUUAAAGAUAUUAAAGGUUUGCCUGUACCUUAUAGAUUAAAUAAGCCGGCUAUUUUCUCAACUGAAAUUCAAUAUGAAGCAUCAAAAUUGAAUUUGGAAUCCACUGGAAAAUAUAAAGCAGUGAUCCCUUGUGGGACUGCUAUAUCUUGGGUAAUUGGAAUGCCAAAAUCUGAAGUAUUCGUGAAUGGUAGUAAACAAGGUGCCCCAAAGAAUAAGCCUUUAAAUUCCAAAACAAGACCUUCUAUCUGCAAAAGAGGCUUAUACCAAAAGUUAAGUGAGAUUGAAAAUGAUAUACCAAAUAUAAGUUAUUUAAAUUGGAAAAUGAAUCAUUCAGGAGAAUAUCAAAAAGCAAAAUAUUGUCUUUUAGAUCAAGUCUUUGACACUUGGGUACAAAAACCUUCAGAGUAUGAUGAUUUUACAAUAUAAAAGCAUUAUUGAAAUGUGUCAUUAUAUUUCUUAUUAGUUAACGUUUCUCUACUGCUAAAGAUAACGUUAUUUUCUCCUUUUCACCCCCCCUUUUUUUUACCGCCUUUUUUUUUCUCCUUUUUAUUAUUAUUAUUAUUUGUUUAUAUGUGUAUACAUACAUAUAUACUGCUUAUAUACAUUAAUUGGCUCUCUCUCCCCCUUUUUUUUU